CAGGACACUUACUGGCCGAGUUAAUGAGGAGAAGGAAGUUCGCGGAGCUCCCCGCUGCUUGCUCGGGACAGGGAAGCCAUGCAGUGCCCAGAGGCCGGGAAGCCUAUCAUCAAGUUCAACCACUGUCAGAAGUACGUCUACAGCUUCGGGGUGCCGAGGCGCUGCCCGCUCUGCGGGCGGGACGUGGGCUCCAGGAGGCUGGAGGAAGCGCCCGUCAGCAUCUCUGAGCCGUUUACCAACGGCCACCGGGAAAAGUGCUCCUUCCUCCUCAGGCCGACUCGAGGGACGUUUCUCAGGGAGUACGAUGGAAGGUCUGAUCUUCACGUGGGAAUAACCAGCACGGGUGGAGUCGUGUAUAACUACACGGUGCACGGUGUCCAGCGAGACGAGGUGGGCUGGGAGCAGAGUGUGAGCGUCCCCCUCCUGCAGCCGGGCCUGUUUGGACUGCUGGACCAGUGGGACAAGUACCUGGAGGACUUCUCCACCACGGGGGCCUGGCUGCCUCACAGGUAUGAAGAGGACCACCACAACUGCUACAGCUACGCCCUUGCCUUCAUUAACUGCGUCCUGGCCACAGAGGGCGAGGAGCCGCUGGACCGAGAUGAGUUCACGGAGAAGUUCGUGGUCCCAAGGACGAGGAAGGCUUCAAAGUACAUCAUGCUCUACCACGCGAUCGAAGAGCAAGGCUUCUACGUCACUGACCCCCCUAGUCCCCAGACGGGCCCAGGCCCAGGAAGCGGCUCGUGCUGA